GAGCCAAUGAUCGAGAGAAGCCCGUGCCGUUCAGCCGAGACAUGGAGAGCUGCAAGGAGUGGCGGAGGGAGCGAGCGAGUGCACGAGCGGCGGCUGAGAGUGCGCGAGAGUGCUGGGCAGGAAAACAGGUCGAGGAGUGAACGCGGAGGAGGGAGAGAGUGGAAGACGGAGUGAUAGGUGGAGCACCAAAGACAGGAGAGUGCAUCUGUUGACUUGCAUCUUCUUAAGACAGAGCCAGACACACAGAAAUCAUGGCAAACAUCACUUCUGCUAUACACCCAAGCAAUCUCCCGUGGCACCCAGAGGCGGUCCCACUCUCCCAUGUCUCCAUGCAGGUCCAGGAGGUCUACCCUUUCCACGACGGCUGGAACGUGGCCUGCUUCAUUAUCCUUCUGCUCUUCAUCCUCACUGUCGUGUCUCUGGCUGCCUUGGCUGUGCUCUAUGAGCUGCUGGACUGUGGGUGCUGUGCCAAAGGGAAGACACAUCACCAGCUACAGGAGGAGGGGCCGGGGAGCUGCGGCAAGCUAAUGACUAGCAUUUGCAAGGAGCCGGAAUCCCACACUGAGGUGGUAUAGGGUGAGGCAAGGAUGAAGAUAAGGAAGAGUAGGAAUUCGGCUUUCAGUUCUGAACUGGGUUGACCUGAGUGUUGGCCGAAUUAGAAAAGUACUUCUAAAACGUGCCCAACAGUGGUUCAGUUGCUCACAGUUGAAAAGAUACAGAUGGAAGAGACCAGAUAACAGAACAAUGUAAAAAAGAAAGGGGGCGGCUUGUCACUGAUUUGGAGUGAGUCUAGUUAGCUUUUCAUUCCUGUUCAGAGGAAUUCUUCACACAUGUACAUUCACUACCACUUAACACACAAGGCGGACCCCGAAAGCCAUACUUAACACCAGAAACACCACCAGAAGAAAGACAGAGAACUCGAGUCGUCUAAUAAUAACAACAAUAGUACUAGAAAUAGUACUAGUGAGGCCAUGUUAACAUGAAAACACUAAUAAGACCAAAUAUCAACUAGUUUUCAUCUGCCCUGUGAGUACUGCACGUACCUGUGAGCUGGCUGAGAAUUAGCUUCUAUGAGAUAAGGUAAAAUGUUGUAAACAGUUGGAAAAUCCUGUCCAAAUCUAAAGACUUCAAUAUCCCAGUUUCCCAACAGGACCUGAUGGACAACAAAUGGUCGAGCUUUGUUGGACAACAUUGCUGCUUCGAAUAAAGCCUGUGUUUCUCUGUUCUUUAGUAAAGUGUAUGCCAGUGUUGUCAACAUGUUUAGCAUCGCAACAUUAUCUUAUAACACGUGACACUUGGUUGGUGCACAGUGAUGUAAUAUAUCAUGUAAUUUUGAGCACAAUGUAUAAGCCUAACCCCAAGAUGCUUAAUAAAUUGUCACUAAAUUA